AUGAACGAAAACGUCCUCCAUUAUGGAAACCAAUUGAUGGCCCUUGUCCCUGGUCUCAUCGGCCUCAACCUUCUCGUCCGCCCCGAAGCAACUCUGCAGCAAAUGGAGUUCACCAUCCCGUCGGAGCCCAAAGCGCGACAACUUACUCAAGGUCUUGCGCGUGUCUACGGUAUCAGAAAUGUCGUCAUCGGCUCCAUCGGCCUCAACUUGAGUCUCACACGAGACCCGAAGCUGAUCAACAUGAUUUAUCUUGGUGGACUCGCCAUGUGCGUGACGGAUGGAAUUGUUGCCAAGUCAGUAAUUGGGCACGGAGAAUGGAUGCAUUGGGUAUUUGCGCCACUUUGUAUUGCUGGGGCUGCUGCGAAUUAUUAUUUGUCUUGA